GUUCAUCUGACACUGAGAGGCAAUGGGAGGUUCAUCAUCUAUCCUGGAAGGUGGACCCCUGAGAAUUGUGCUGAUUGGAAAGACUGGAGUGGGGAAGAGUGCUGUGGGGAACACCAUUCUGGGGAGAGAAGCGUUUACCUCACGGCGGUCUGCUAAUUCUGUCACACAAACUUGUACCAGAAAGAGUAUGAUUAGUCCCAGAGAGAUUGAGGUGAUUGAUACACCUGGUAUUAUAGACACUGACAGAGAGGCAGAUUAUGUUAAAGAUGAGAUAGCGAAGUGCAUUCAAUACUCAUGUCCAGGGCCCCACGUAUUCCUGCUGGUGAUUCAGGUGGGCCGCUUCACUACGGAGGAGCAGAAUGCAGUCAGGGCCUUACAGGAGCUCUUUGGGAAAAAGGCUGCAGACUACGUUAUAGUGCUGUUCACUCAUGGUGAUGACCUUGGGGUUCAGACUAUCAGUGACUAUGUGCGCAAUGGUCACCCCAAACUGAGGGAAGUGAUCCAGAGCUGUGGUGGACGAUACCAUGCAUUUAACAACCGCAGCACUGACCGCACUCAAGUUAUUGAGCUGGUGAAGAAAAUAGAUGAGAUGGUGAAAGGAAAUGGGGGAGGUCACUUCACUGAGUGACACAAAGGGUCAUGACAGAAAGAGGGCUAUCCUGGAACUCACCUGAGAUAGACAGGUAUCUUAUUUUCUUACCGCUCUUGUUGAGGGUGAAAAGCUUCGAAAACAUUUUUGAUGAAGAGAAAUACGACGAGACACAGAGGGACAUGACAGAAAGAAAGGGAUCCAACAGCUCACGUGAGUUAGACAUAUGGCUCAGCAUCUCAGGUAAUUAUCGAAAGGUAUUGUGAUAUUGAUUUAAGACUAUGAUAAUCCACUUACUGAAACAACAUUCACAGAAGUCAGACAUUUGCAUUGUUCU